GUUCAUUUUAUACUAAAUGUUCAUUUUUAAAGUACUACGUGCUCAUUAUUUUUUACAGAAAUAAUACACAAGUUCGAUUAUUGUAAUUAUUUUAACUCUAAAAAUUUGAAUAUCCAUCUUAAAUCUAAUUUUGGUUCAUUACAGAGAAAACAAUUAUUGAUUUGUAAAAUGAUUGGGAAUCAAAAGGCUACAAAAAAAAUAAAAAAUAAAAAUAGAAAUAAAAAGAGAGAGAGGGGGGAAAGAGAAAAUGACUACAAUCAAUUGAUGAUAUUCAUCACAAAUUAAACAAUUUAAUUGAUAUUCAAUACAAAAUAAGCAAUUCAAAAUAUAUACAUCACAAACUCAUAAAAAAUUUCAAAUAAUCAAACAAUAAAUCAUCAUAAUCAACGAAAUCAUACAAAUUACAAUUACAAAUUGACAAAAUCUAACCUCCAUUUGUUUUCUUUGACCUUCAGCUUUCUCUCUCCUCCAUUUUUUUCUUUUCUCUUAAAUAAUAAAGUCAAUUGAUUGUUACUAAAACUCAUAGAUUUAAAAAGAGAGGAGUAUAUCCAUUAAAACAUGAAUCACAAACUCUAAAAAUUAUAAAAUCGAAGAAAAAUCUAAUGGGAAGAAUGUUGAGGAAGAAAGGAGGAGGAUAAACAAAUCUUGCAUUUUGUUAGAAAUUUGCUAUGUUUUGAUGGUGGUAUAACUAGCUUAGCUGCACCACUAUGCAGCUAAGAAUUUGCGUGCAUAUUGGUUUAUGUUCGAAAUACUAGAUGGCCCAAAGUUAGAGUAAGUAAUAAAAGAUGAUAAUCCCUCGCAGCCCAUUUUAUUUUAGUUACAGUAUUAAAUUAAUUUGAGAAAGUAGAAUAGUACAAUAAAGAGGGUUAGAUCUUGGUGGGAUUAUUCAAACAAACUUACAUCCCUCUUUUUCCUGGUUUACACUAAUUUAUUGUGAGACCUUCUCACAACAGCUUAUUAUUAGAAGUUUAAAAAUUGUUUAUUUUUGUUGGGCAAAUUCUAUGGGUAGAGAGAAUGAAAGGGGAAAGGGUUUUGAUUGGGGUCGUGCAAUUGGAUUUGGUGGGAAAAUUGUGGGAGGGUAGGGGGGUUAAGAGGAGGACUUAUUUUAAUGAGUCACGUGACUGUCAUUGUCGGAUUCUGACGUUGAUUUGCUUGAAAAUUGGACCAGGUUCAUUUUGUGACAUUUUAUAUAUAAGGACUUUUUUCACAAAAGAGACCACAUAAAAGGUACUAUUUGACUAUUUUUCCUAAUUACUAUGCUCUUUUUUUUUUUUUUGUUGUCCCAAUGCAUUAAGAAUUCUCUUAAGAGAAAGAUUAAUUUUUUUUCCCUUACCUUAUAAAUGUAGAUAAGUCUACGUUUAAUUCACCUUAGUACUUUAUUAUUUAUUUCAUAAUAGAUCAAAAUCAGAAUAUAUAAGUUCAUAUCAUACUUCAUCGUUUUAUGUGCGAAUUUUUAUUGUUAAAUAUCCUUAUAUAUGUAAUGUAAAAAAAAAAGUGAAAUUAACAUAUUAAUGCAAAUUUAUUAAGACCUUGUUUGAUAUAUUUUUUUCUUCAUAAUAUUAUGUUAAUAUUAAGUUAAAUCAGAUAAUAAAUUCAUUAUCAGAAAAAUUAAGUUUACAUUAAAUUAGAUAAGCAUAAAUAAAAUGAUCUAGCUUUACAAAGGAGUAUGAUAAAAGACUUUUGAUGACAUAAUGCCUUGCGUUAGCAUCUCCCAUUCCUCAAAUAUGUGUUCAUAUAAAAGGAAUUACAUCACCUUGCAUAUUCCUAAACUUUAUAGGUCAUAUUUCCACUUUCCCAAUGAACCCAGCCACCCCAAGUUAAUUGGAAGGAUUUAAAUGUACUAUAAUACUCUUUUUAUAAGCAUUCCUAUAAGAAAGGAUUUUUUUUUAGAUUAAAUAAAAAUCUCCAUUAGAUAUUAAUACAAAUUGAUCGCAAAAUUUGAAUACGAUUCCAAAAUUCCUUUGAUCGAAUCUAUUCCCUCCGUCCCAAAUUAUUUCUAAAUCGAAUCUUCACUACUGAACUUAGUUACAUUUUGAAAAAUAAAUAAAUAAAUAAUAAUAAUAAUAAUAAUAAUAAAAAUAAAAAAAAAAUAAAAAAAAGGAGAAGAAAUUUUGGCCAUUGUUUUGGCGCCUUAAAAAUAUAAUUAUAAACAUAUAAAAGAGAAAAUCCAACAUUUUUUUUAGUCAUCCUCUUCCCAAACUUCAUCUUCUCUCUUGCAGAUGUAUAGAACAAUCUAACCAAAUCACCAUUUUUUUAUUUUCUCUCUCCUGAAUCUUCUCCACCAUCUUAGCAAUGUCCCUCACCACCAAAAUUCCAACUUUACCCUCAUUCAAUUGCUCUUGUUCUAACACAAUCUCCAAUAAACUCAAUAACCCAACUCAAAAAUCAUCUCUUUCCACCCUAAAACCCCUAAAUUUCUCCAAUUUCUCUGUAAAAAUUUCAAAUUUAGGUCAAAAACCCAUCUCAAAAUUCACCUCAUUUUGCCAUUUAUAUCCAUACCCAGAUGAAAUUCAAGGAAUUUCCCCCAUUUCAUCAUCUGGGGUUGUUUCUUCGAGGUUGUCGAGGUUGGUUACCGAGUUCCGGUCUCUUCCGGAACCGAUUGAUAGGGUUAAGAGGCUUUUAGAUUACGCCGCGGUUUUGCCUCGACUCGGUGAGUCGACUCGGUCGCCGGAGAACCGAGUUCCUGGUUGCGCCGCCCAGGUUUGGCUGGAAGUGGUGGUUGAUGAGGUGGGGAGGAUGAGAUUUGGGGCUGAUAGUGAUUCGGAGAUUACUAAAGGGUUUUGUUCUUGUCUCAUUUUUCUGCUUGAUGGUGCUUUUCCUGAGGAUGUUUUAAAGGUGAAAGCAGAGGAUUUGGCAGACAUGAACGUGGGCCUCCCGGUUCGUUCGAGAGUAAAUAGUUGGAAUAAUGUGUUGAUGAGUAUUCAGGAGAGAACUAAGUGUUUCCUUGUGGAGAAAGAUCAGGAAGCAUGCCAAUUAGAUUCAUUGAAUACUUUUCUUCCUUUGGUUGUCCCUGCUGAUAGUGUGGUUGCUAAAGGUAAUCAUUUCUGCAACUCAUGUCAUUGAAAAUAUGGCAUCUUGAUAUUUACGUUCCUGUCCUUCAUCUUUCUUUGCGCCGCAUCAAUGCACAUACUGACAUACCGAAUGAUCCAAAAUUUAAAGUUAAGUUUUAGAAGCCGCCUUUGAUUUGUUUAUUGUUUUUGUUUAACUUGCUAAUGUAUGUGUAUGAAUUCAAAGUAGCAACAAUUAUGAUCCACUCCCUUUGUUGGAAUGACUAGUCACUUUAUUUUGCAAUGUCUGAAAGCACACCUAAAUGUAGUGGUGGAGACGGUAGAGAGUAUAUUGGCGUUUUUUUUUUACUUGUUUCCAGACUGAGGGAGUAGUUGGUAUUGAAAAGUUGACAUGGAUGUAUUGGCUUGUACUAGAUACAAUAAUCCAAUACAAAUUUGUUAUCAGUGAUAUAGUGUGCUGAAAAUUGAUAUUCAAACUUUCGCAGUAAGCUGGUGACAAAUCACUAUUGCUACUAUUGUUUAUUCAUGGAUGGUAAUGGUUUAGACUUUAGCGCGAUCACUUCAAAAUUCCCACCAAUGUUAAUAGGAAAAAUAAUACUACACUAGUUUGAAUCCUCAAAGUUAGGAAGCUCAAGACAAUGAAUUAAAAUGCUUCAAAAGAAUACUAAAUUCAUAUCUUUCGGGAAAAACAAAUAAUUAUGGGCAAAGCAUACUGUAAGAUAAGGUUCUGCCUUGAAAAGAAGCUUUAGCCUUAAGGAUGAUACAGACCAUAAGGUGAUUUAGGUUUGUAUAGGAUUAAUUAAUUAUAUCCGAGUCAGGGAAAGAUAGGUUAUUCAGCUUUCUAGGCGUUGCUUGAGGAACAUAAUUUAAACAAAGGCUUUCCAAUUCUCAAUUUUGCUUAGCUUUGUGACAAGCUUGCUGUCAAUGAUUGUUUGACACUUUCCUUAGUUGCUAGGCUGUUUACCUAUUCGGAAGUUACUUCUUUUAAGGGCUAACAUUAGAUGAUUAGUCCUAAUAACCAUAGUAGAUGUCAGCGGUCAGCCUAAUAUUCUUUGGAAGAUUUGGUUUCACAAAAUGCGGUGUUGAUGUUUAGUGGUUGGACUGAUUCGAUUUUGGAUCUAUCUGCUUGACUAAAAUUGUUAAUCCAUCGCUGCUACAUUUGUAAAGAAGACAAAUUAAAUGCUUGAAACUGAAUGUACCUGAUGACUUCAAGCCCUUGAAAGCCUAUUUGCUGUGUUAUUCACAUGUCUCUUGAGUCUUGACUGGAGUUUGUUGCCUUUCUCGA